AUGUCUUCCUCAUCAAGUGAUGAAGUAGAUGAAGCUUUAGAUGAAAUUGUCGACGAAGUAGUCGAUAAUUACAUCGACUCAAUGGUUAAUGCUCAAACCAACAAGCCAAAGCGACGAAGUUAUAUCGAAAGAGAGCGGGAACUAGGACACAAACAACUAUGGAAGGAUUAUUUCGCGGAAAAUCCAACAUACCAGCCGGAAAUGUUUAGGCGCCGUUUUCGAAUGAACAAAACAUUGUUCCUUCGCAUAGUCCAAAGCCUAAGUACUGAACUGCCAUACUUUCAGCAAAGAAGAAAUGCUCAUGGAAGGUUGGGGCUAUCUGCACUUCAAAAGUUUACGGCAGCAAUACGUAUGAUGGCAUACGGACAAUCGGGAGAUAUGUAUGACAAAUAUCUCCGACUAGGUGAAAGUACUUCACGUUUAUGUUUGGAUAAUUUCACUAAUGGGAUUUUACAAUUGUUUGGAGCUGAGUAUUUAAGAAGACCUACCCCGGCGGAUCUUCAACGAUUACUCGAUGUUGGAGAGGCACGGGGGUUUCCAGGGAUGGUAGGCAGCAUCGAUUGUAUGCAUUGGGAGUGGAAAAACUGCCCAACGGCUUGGAGAGGGCAGUUUACACGUGGUUCAGGAAAGCCGACAAUUGUCUUAGAAGCUGUGGCAUCACAGGAUCUUUGGAUAUGGCACGCAUUUUUCGGUUUACCAGGUCGAGCACCUAAAGUCAACAACCACACCUAUCAUAUGGCAUACUACCUUACUGACGGAAUUUAUCCGCAUUGGGCUACAUUUAUCCAAUCCAUCCCACUUCCUCAAGGUCCUAAAGCAGUGCGGUUUGCUGAACGCCAAGAAGCCACCAGAAAAGAUGUCGAACGUGCUUUUGGAGUAUUGCAAUCGAGAUUUGCAAUAGUUAAAAACCCAGCUUUACAAUGGGACAAGGAAAAAAUAGGAAGGAUUAUGAGAUGUUGUGUUAUAUUGCACAAUAUGAUAGUCGAGAACGAAAGAGACGGAUACAAUCAAAUUGAUACAUCAGAGUUCGAGUCGGGAGAGUCAAGCAGAAGUUCCCAGGUGCGAAGAAGAGAAAGUUUGAAUGUCCAUAAUAUGCUUGGCAUUCGCACUGAAGUUCGAAAUUCAGAUAAACAUGAUCGUUUGAAAGCUGAUCUCAUCGAAAAUAUCUGGCAAAUGUUUGGUAAUGUAGAUGAUUGA